AUGGCCCUCCACGAGGCACACCCCGGCAUUGUGAGGAUGAAGGCUCUGGCUCGGAGCUACGUGUGGUGGCCGGGAAUGGAUGCCGAGAUCGAGUCAUGGGUCCGGAGGUGCCAGACGUGCCAGGAAGUUCAGCCCAACCCACCAAGCGCACCCGCACAGUCCUGGGAGUCAACCCACAAACCAUGGUCCCAGCUACAUCUCGAUUUUGCUGGACCAUUCCAAGGACUAACUUUCCUAAUCACGGUUGACUCCUACUCCAAAUGGCUAGAGGUCAGCCCCGUGUCCACAACCUCCACCAAGGCAGUAAUCCGAUGCCUACGCCGGCUCUUCGCCACGCACGGCCUGCCGAACACUAUUGUCUCAGACAAUGGGACGGCCUUCACGUCUGCGGAGUACCUACGGAGGAAUCUGAUCAGACACAUCCGCUCAGCACCCUUCCACCCCGCAACCAACAGCCAGGCAGAGCGGAUGGUGCGAACUGCGAAGGAAGCCCUUAGCUGGAUCUCCGAAGGGGACUGGGAGUUCCGCCUCGCCCAAUUCCUCCUGACCCACCGGACAACGCCUAACCCCGUCACAGGUCACAGCCCCGCCAAGCUGCUAAUGGGCCGGCGCCCGACAACGCUGCUGGAUCGGCUGCACCCCGACCGGGCACCGAACUUGAGGGGACUGAUCGAACAGCAGGAGCCUUCCAGGGGAUUCUUUCCAAGGGAUCCAGUGUUCCUCAGAAACUACGGGUUGGGACCCCCUUGGAUCACGGGCCGCAUAACCGGAGUCAAGGGCCCGACCUCCUACAAGGUGUCAACAGAGGCGGUCGGGUUCUGCAGAGACACAUCGACCAACUGCGGAGGCGGCAACUCCCGGAGCCUGGGGACCCCCCCCCCAGUUGACGGCCGGGGCGGGCAGCCCCGUCCCGGAACCGGACAUGCCAGCCAAAACCCAUCCCCGCAAAGAGACUACGCCAGACAGCUCCCUUCCAGAGGACAUCAAAUCAAGAACCCAACAUCUGGCCCCGCAACUGGCGCCGCAGCCCUUGGACACAGCUAA